GCCAACAUGGCGCUGAAUUCCUCAGUAACUUCCCUAUGGUCAUCACAUCGACAAAGAACAAAAAUAAAUCUUAACUCUAUUUCUUCUCCCACGAUUCCUGUCCCACUUGUAGCUCCGACCGAUGCGUUGCAGCCUGGACCCGACUUGGUACCUCCGGAGAUCGCAGAGGGAUUACCUACCGCCCCUGGCACCCCUCCUUCUCAACCACCGACGCCUCCACCUGAAACGAGCGCCCCGUUUAACUUAGCUCAAGCAACUGUUACCGAUUUACCCGUGAGCUCGUCCCGGAAGAGACCUGCCCCGGUCGCUAAAGCGAGCAGUUCAAAACGACCUAAGCCGACACCGAUCCAGGAGCGCCCACCUCCAUCAGUCCGAUUAUCUCAAUUAGGCGGCGUACAGGCACAGAUUGACCAGCUUUUGCGUGCCAUUGGACGACCGCUUCGGUUCCCAGAGCUGUACCUCCGACUAGGAACCAAACCGCCGAGAGGAGUGCUGCUGCAUGGUCCACCCGGAUGUGGAAAGACUCUGUUGGCGAACGCUGUCGCUGGGGAGCUGGGCGUCCCGUUCAUACCCGUGAGCGCGCCGAGUGUGGUGGCGGGGACAUCUGGAGAGUCGGAGAAAGCGUUAAGAGGGUACUUCGAAGAGGCCGCAAAACUCGCACCAUGCAUCUUAUUCUUCGACGAGAUAGAUUCCAUCACACCGAAACGAGAUAACGCACAGCGGGAGAUGGAGCGUCGGAUUGUCGCUCAGCUGCUGACCUGCAUGGAUGAAAUGUCGUGGGAGAAGCUCGACAACAAGCCUGUCAUAUUCAUCGCCGCUACAAACCGGCCUGAUUCAAUCGAUUCUGCCUUACGUCGACCAGGACGAUUCGAUCUCGAGAUUGAGAUGCCCAUACCGGACGAGAAUGCUCGAGAGCAGAUUCUGCGCGUACAAGCCGAGAAGCUCACCUUAUCGGGUGAUGUGGACUUCCGGAUGCUAGCCAAGCUCACACCGGGUUUCGUCGGUGCUGAUCUAGAAGCGCUCAUUACUGCUGCUGGAGAAUGCGCUGCCGAUCGGAUUUUCAGCGAGCUUAUCCAAGUGCCGCCUACUGUCCCAAUUGUCGAAGAAAAUGCAGAAGGCGACGUGUCAAUGGAUGAUGCACAGCUCGUUCCCGCAACGAAACCUAACGUGUCAUCAACAUUCUCCUCAAUAUUCUUCUCCAUCCCGCACCCACUCUCACCCGAAGCGCUCGCCGGCCUUUCACUCACUCCGGCAGACUUCAUGACAGCGAUCCCCCUGAUCACGCCUUCGUCAAAACGCGAAGGGUUCCCCUCACCACCCAGCACCUCCUGGUCCGAUAUCGGCGCCCUACAUGGCGUACGACAAGAACUGCAUAUGGCGAUCGUGCAGCCUAUCCGACGGCCGGAGGUGUUCAAGCGUCUUGGGAUCUCUGCACCGCGCGGUGUGCUCCUCUGGGGUCCGCCGGGGAACGGGAAAACCCUCCUAGCCCGGGCGGUAGCCAGCGAAGGCCGAGCGGGGUUCAUCGCUGUCAAAGGUCCUGAAUUGCUGAACAAGUACGUCGGAGAAAGCGAGCGCUCUGUGCGCGCGGUGUUCGCCCGCGCUAGAGCUAGCUCACCAUGUGUCAUCUUCUUUGACGAGAUUGACGCGCUCGUGCCUCGCCGGUCGGACAAGCUCUCGGAAGCAAGUACAAAUAUCGUUAACACCCUGCUUGCGGAGCUCGAUGGGCUCUCGCAGCGGAAAGCGAUUUACGUGAUCGGAGCUACCAACAGGCCGGAUAUGAUCGAUCCUGCCCUUCUCCGACCAGGGAGGUUCGACAAGCUCGUAUAUGUCGACUUGCCGAAGAGUGAUGAGAGGGUGGAAAUCGGCCGGACGGUGGUGCAGAGAGAGAAAGUUCCUGUCAGGGGCGGCCUAGACGGCGAGGAUUGGAAAGCCGUUGAAAUGCUGUUAGCGGCCGAUCAGUCAGAUGGGAUGAGCGGCGCCGACAUCACUGCGCUCAUUACCGAGGCUGCCAGUACAGCAUUACGGUAUGCUUUGGGCGAAGCGAUGCAAAAUGGAGAUCAGGAACUACAUGGACCGAGUACGGAACAGUCUCUUCGGGAACAAGCGGAGGCGGAGGGCAUCUAUGUGGAGCGACGGCAUUUUGAGGAAGCGUUUGGGAGGGUUGGGAGGAGUGUGGGGGAGAGCAUGAGGCACAGGUAUGAGACGCUUAGAAGGAAGUUUGAGGGGGUGAGAGUGAGAGGGAAGGGCAUUGAGGAGGAUAAGGAUGGGGUCAUGCUGGAUGAGGAGUAA